AUGGACCAGCUCCGAUUAAAUAUCACUGAAGACAACCUAAAUAUCAUUGAAGACAACCCCAUUGACACAGGCCUUGACAGUUUUCAUGUUUCGUUCGCUUCGACCUGCCAAAGUCGCGGCCUCUCGUGUUCGCCAGGCUCCCUUGGCCAUCUCGGCCAUAAUGACCUCCAAGACUUGACUCUUGAUCUCCUCGCAGCGCUGCAAGGCCUUCGAAUCUCACGACUCCUUCCCUCCACUGGCAGAGGCAAGAAUCUUCUCAGCGAUCUGACUAGACUCAACUCUGCCGCCAAUUCCGAUAACUUCGACUUCGACCGAGUCCGGCCUCUUCUAGAUGUAACGCUCGCCAAAAGCGCCGACGGCGACAUCUGGGAGCAAGUCUACAUCGCCGUCACCGAGUCCACCCCCCCUCCCCGACCAGUUGCCUCUUCUCUCCAGCAGACCCCAUGGCUCCGCAACACCAGCAGCUUCCCGAACUCUUCCGAGUAUAGAAAACACGUUGAUGAUGUGCUGAAGGAGGAGCUUGGCCCUAUGUAUAUUGGGCUCCCUCACUUCUACGACACAUUUUUCGACGACGUCGCCGAUCUCAAAACAGCAUCUGAGGCAUUCUUCGAGCAGUGCAUCGGUGGUACUGACCCAUUCUUCGAAGACGGUUGGAGAGGCUGGCCACCGGACGCGAGACAGGACGAUGUGCUCACAUGGUUUACGGGCUUCUGCGAGGAACUGGCGGCGUUUGCAGAGGGCCGUGAGAAUCGUCCUAUGCGUCAACCGAGACUCUUGGCAAAGCCUAAUGAGCUGAUUGACGGUUCCGUGGGGAAGCGCAAGAUGGACAUUGGCUUCGUGAGCAACCCUCGUGCGGGAAAGGACACGAGAUGCCAAUGGUCUCAGAUCCUGGUGCCAGGAGAGCUGAAAAGCAACCCCGCUGCCGAUAAACCUUCCGAGGCAUGGCUUGACCUUGGAAGAUACGCGAGGGAAGUGCUCGCUGCGCAGGAUACGCGACGUUUUGUACUAGGCUUUACUAUCUGCGGGUCUCUUAUGAGGGUGUGGGCUUUCGACAGGGUUGGUGGUAUCGCCUCUGAACAAUUUGAUAUCAACAAAGAUGGGCAUCGAUUCGUGUUUACGAUCCUCGGUUUCCUCUGGAUGAGCGACAGAGAGCUCGGGUUUGAUCCAACAAUACUGACCGCAAAUAAGGAGCGCUUUAUCGAGAUUAAGCGGAAUGGUUCCACGGAGCGGGUCAUUAUCGAUGGAGUAAUGCUGCGGGCACGAUGCAUAGCCGGCCGAGCGACGACUUGUUGGAGGGCUCACCCCGACGGUCGCGAAGAUAUACCGCUUGUUAUCAAGGAUUCGUGGCAAUAUCCUGAACGUGAUGAGGAGGGCGAACUGUUACGCGACAUAGUGGACAAAAGUGUCGUUAAUGUCGCCCGGUAUUAUUACCAUGAGACGGUUCAGAUUCGCAAUAUGGACGACGAUAUUCGAAAUAACAUUCGACGGGGACUGGACAUUACCACAGCUACGAACUAUCGGCCGGGACGCCCGAUAUUAAGCAACGUAGCAGCGGAUACGGUGCGGACGGGCCGCACCAAUGCGAGCAUCAAUAGGAAGCGGCCGUCCAGCCAGACUGACGCCGAGUUGCCACCGAGCAAGCGGUCUUGCUCUGUAUCUCCAACGAAGGCUAUCAGCGCACUGCCAAACCGGGUACAUCGGCGCGUUAUCCUCCGAGACUACGGCGAGCCUAUAUACACGGCAAGCUCCCGAUCGGCUCUACUUGCUGCUCUGGAGGGCUGUAUUGAAGGCCACGAGUCCUUGCGAAAAGCGGGCAUUCUCCACAGAGAUAUCUCCAUUAACAACCUCUUGAUUAAUGAGGACAGUGACAACCCGUCCUGGCCUUCAUUCUUGAUAGACCUUGACCUUGCCAUCAGGGAGCAACGAGACGUUGCCUCGGGAGCAAAAGGAAAGACCGGCACGCGAGCUUUUAUGGCAAUCGGGACAUUACUAGGCGAGCAGCAUUCCUUUAUGCACGAUCUCGAAUCCUUCUUCUGGGUACUCUUCUGGAUAUGCAUACACUACGACACAAAGGGCAGAGAUAUGGGGCCAACUGAGUUUGAUAGUUGGAAUUACGAGAGCGACAAUAAGCUGGUUCGAUCAAAAGUUGGUACGAUAGGCGAUGAGAGUAUCUUUCUCAAGAUCGCGACUGAGAAUUAUACGCCAUAUUACCAGCCACUAAUCCCGUGGGUUAAUAGGCUACGAAGGAAGGUUUUUCCAAAUGGUGAAACGUGGAAGAGGCCGGAGCCGGAGCUUUAUUCCUCAAUGAAGGAGAUCCUUCGCGACGCGCGGAAGAACCUAGAAAUGCCAGUAGACGAGUAG